AGAAAAGUAAAAACAAAUCAAAAUUUCCUUCAAGUCCUGCGAAACUAUGUUCACUAGUUGCAUUUAAAUGCCUUUCAAAGUCUCAGAGAACUCGCGAUUCACGAUGUCAAAGAAAAAUUUCGUCAUUUUAUUCGUGUUAAUUUCAGUUUUUGCCUGCAAAAUCGCUGCGGAAGACAAAAAUCUACGACAGUGCAAGACGAAUGUCACAGGCGAUCAGUGUCCGCCGAAUACGUCGUGUUCGCAGCAAAAUAAAGACGCCAAGGACCAAGACGGGCUUUGUCUCUGCUUAACGGGCUUCGUGUUCAACAAGAAUUUCACCACGAACGAGACUUAUUGCGUCGUUAAUGCCACAGCGGCGCCUCCGCCAUGCACUCCCGAAGCAAAAUCAGCGGAAAAUGCGACAAUUUCGACAUCAACUUCGACGACGACAACAACAACUUUGGCUCCAACGACGACAAAAAGUACUUCAGUCGCUCCAACUCCGGCAAAAACAUCCGCAAAACCAACUUCUACGACUUCGACGACAACUUCAACAACCACAACGACAACGAAAGCCCCGGAAAAAGUGAAUGUCACGACUUCGACAAACUCCCCGUUGCCCGUUCCCACGAACGAUGGCGUGCAAAAGGAGAAAAUAAUCGAGUCGGAACACAUGUUUGGCGGGUUUAUGCUCCCGCUUGUCAUCGUAGCUGCCUUUAUCGGUGGAGUUUUCCUCAUUCGCAAACACAAUUUGCUUGAGCGGGCUCACAAUUACAUCUCCGAGCGGAAUUGGCGGUUGCCCGGGAGCGCAAGACCCAAUUACACGAACGACUUUGACGAGUUCGAUGAUCCCUUGCUUAUUUAAGAGGAAAUUUUCCGCAAAUUGUGCAGAUUUUUUAUAGAUUUCAACGAGAUUAAUGUUUAUUUAUUGCUGCAGCACUCAUGUAUAUUUAUAUAUUACUUAAUCCAAUUUUGAGGAAAAAAAAACAAAAAAAAAAAUACCUUAUAGAUGUAGUGAAAGAGAGUAGCUCUCCUCCUCCCAAAAACAAAAAAAAAUUGAAAGCAAACACCUUUCCCGUAUACUAUUCCCAUUUUAUAGUGAAUUAUUAGUUUAUCGUGUUCGAGAUGAUUGUGAAGUGAACCUGAUGAUAUGAACGAAUUGUUUGAAAGCCAAAGAAAAACUUCUUCUGAUCUGAAUAAAAAACCCCCAAAAAAUUAGCUAAGAUAAGGAAACCAAGAGAUUUUACGACCUUGCGAAGAUAUUUUUAAUUAUACAUAUUUAUUAAUUAUUAUUAUUAUAUUUAUCCUAACCGUUUAAUGCAUGUCUUACAAAAAAAAGAAGAAAUCCUAAAAAAAAAAUAUAAAAAUCAAUCUAAAACACAAAAAUGAAGAAAUAAAGAUGUUACUG